AGUGGCCCCAGACGGCCAGUGCCGGGGAGCCACCUGCCGAGUUGUACAAGUUGCCCGUCUGGGCUACAUUGUUGUUCUUUUCUGAGAGGUGUGGCAAGGUGGAUUCUGUCCUACAACGCAAAACAGACAGCUGGAGUGCAACACUGGCUCUGGUGUAGUGCACGUUUGGAACGUGUCCUUUGAAAAGAUGAGAUCGUCGCCACAUCGGCCGCAGCAGCAACAGCAACAGCAGCAUCGGCAAACCCCACAGAUCAGGGUUUCGGACCUGUCACAUCUACAUCUUACGAGCAUGGACGACCUAGUCGGUGAAUCCGGACUGGACGACUCCAACCUAAACCCGAAGUUGAAGCUGAAGUACUAUAACAAGGCGCUCGUCUCGUAUUUGGCACAGCAGGGGCUCAACAUGAACCCGUUGAAGCUCAGUGCGAGACAGUUGAAGGAGAAACACACAAACGUGACGUCGUUGUUCAGUCAUGGAAACCCGAUCAACUCGGCGGCCAGCUCAAACAGUAGUAUUGAAACUUUCAUUACAGGGAACGGCCAGAUCUUGUUUCUCCCGUUUAAUCCGCAGCGCAAGAAGCGGCGGAGAGGCAACAUCCGAGACGAGUACAAUGACGACGACGACCACCAUGACCACGAUAACGACUCGGAGGAAGACCACGAUGACGUGGACGCGGAAGCGGACGAGAAUGACAACGACGAGCAAGACGACGACAACGAAGGCGACGAGCGAAAUAUGAACCCGGAAGCAGAUGAGCCCUACGCACCAGAAGACCUUGAGUGUUCGCCUCGGAAACGCAGCUUCAUUCUCGUAAAGGCCAACCGGAAGAGCAGGACGGCUCGGACACAAACCAACGCAAGCGCAUCCGCGAUUCCAAACGAUCAACCGAGCCAUGCCCACAACAUCACCAACCACACCUUCAGUGUGAUUGUGAAGUUGAACAAGAAAUGCAAUUUAAAUAAAAUGGUGAAGGUUAAUUACCACACACACUCAACCGUGAAGUGGAUUCCUCCGGAGUAUUCCCGGAAGGAACCGAUUGACGAAAGGUUUAGAACCUCUGAUAUGAUUGAUUGGGACUUGAACCUAACAAAUCCGGACUGCUACAUUCCCUUCAAGGAAUCUGCUCCUCAUACCCUUAACAUGAACAGUGAUGACACAUACGGUGUUUCCAACGUUGACACCAACACGUUGGAUGACUCGCUGGAAUCAGACUCGAUGUCUCUGGAUUCCAUCAAUAAUGGGAACCUCACACCUCUGAAAAAAGUUGUGGACGUCAAGUUCUCCAAUGAGCCAACCCAAGAGAUCAAAACUUUCAAAUCUUUAAACCCAAAAGAUUACAUAAACGAGCCACCAUUACUCAGCAGUAACGAAAACUUGGUUGAAUCGAAUCUUUUCAAAGGCAAAAAUCACGAGCCCACUGAUUCAUCCAGUGAUAGUAACGAAUCAUUUUUACCGGGCUAUUACAUUUUCCUUUUACCCGUUGUUUACCCACUUAAUACCCCAGAAUCCAUCCAAGUACCAAAUUCCCUGCUUUCCCACGAAUUUACAAUUCAGAUACAGAAGGGUACAAUUGUUGCCCCAACUUUACAAGCCCCCCAAAGUGCAUUUCUUUCUACAUCCCCUUCUCACCAUUACAAGUACGACGACCAAAACUUCGAAUUUGAGCAACGAUUCACGCCUUCGCAUACACAGAACAUAAUUCCACCACCUAUUGGCACAAAUUCGAACUCCAAUAACACCCAUAAUUCGAAGUCAUCCUUUUUUAAAAAAAUUGGUAUACACAAAAGCACAUCUUCAAACUCCAAACUGGACUCAUCAAUCUCGAAGCAUAAUUCAAUAUCCCCAAGAGGAAGUUUCAGCUCAUCUCAUAACACUGCUGUCUCAAUUAAUGAAAAUUUACAUUCACGAACUAGAUCCAGUAGUGCUUCUCAGGGCAAUCCGAUUGUGAAUUUUCUACAUCAAAGCAGCAACACUCCAACAAUUUAUAAUUACAGCUAUAAGUUGCCAGCAGUUCGUCUUCCUCCUUCCGACGCCACCUCCACUCUGAACAAAUCAAUUUAUGUCAACAAAGUGUGGAACAAAGCUUUGAAUUAUGAACUUCUAUUACCCAAAAAGUUCACCCAACUUUCUCCACCUAGCAAUGUAUCUGUUUCGCCUAACGACAAAUUUCUUCAUGAUAAUACGUUUUUGCUUCAGAUGAAAUUGGUCCCUCUAGUGAAAAACUUACAACUGAAGAGGAUCAAGAUAAACAUUGUAGAAAAGGUUACAUAUACCCCAAAAAGUCCGAAUUCCAAAGACCACAAGGUUCCUAAAAGCAGAACCACUGACAAGACGGUCACUAUGCUAGAAAUUAAGACUAAAGACAAGAGUAACAAUUCAAACGUCAACAAGCCUAAUGCACCUUUGAAAACUCAAAUUAUUAAAGGUUGUGUUAAUGACAAUUUGUUGACUUUUUGUUAUAAUAACGAAAAAUCGAGCUGUUUCAAAGAGUCAGAUUCGAGUCAUGGCCUUUCUAAUAGUGGUAGUAUGAAGAGCUCGUCUGGAUUUUUGCACGGAUCCAAAAAAAUGUCUAGAUUUUUGGACAACUCAUUGUCUAUAUCACAUAAUCCUAUCACGGGUAAUAAUCAUAAUACUAAUAAUAAUAUUCCACAGAAUCAGGAUGAUAUAGUUAUCACAAACCCCGUCAAGCUACAGUGUCCUCUAAAUUUUGUUGCAAAUGAUGACUCAAAGUUUAUUCAAAAAGUUUAUGAGCACUUAUGUACCGGAACGUCUGAUCUGAACGGUCUUCAUGAUGGCUCAGAUUACGUCGACAGGGGAAACGACACAAUGUCCAUUUUUUCUGUCAACUCUGCAGGUAACGACAAGAGUGAUGUGUUUUCAGACGAUGAUCAAGCGGUUUCUCGCUCACCUGUUAGGCGUCAACGUAACUUCUCAUUCUCAAGUACAAGUAACAAUAAUUUGGGUACCAGCGCAAGGAAUAAUUUAAGUAAUCCCAAUUGGAGCUCCGUUCAACAUGAAGAUAAAGCAAACUCUCAUACCUUUUUACCGGAUACUACAUUUUCCAAUCUAAAAGUGAGACAUAGGCUUCAGAUUUCGUUCAGAAUUAGUAGGCCAGAUCCUAAAAUCAAGAACUCGGACGGAGAAUUCAAGUUGCAUCAUUAUGAGGUUAUUGUUGACACCCCAAUCGUUUUUGUGUCACCAUUCUGUGUUACAGAAGCACUUGAUCUUCCGUCAUAUGAAGACGCAGUGAGAAUCCGUAUGUUUGAGGUUGCAAAAAAUUCGUCGAAGUUUGCAAUGUCCCACAUGAAUGAAAAUGAUUCAAAUUAUGGGUCUGGUUAUGGCUAUGAAAGCAGUAGUAGUGACGAAAAUGCUGUUUUCUCGCCAUGUUCCCCGUUGAUGUCGGACUCUAAUGUCUCGCCAAUGCUAUAUUCUACAACUGAUGGCGCUAACAAUAGUAGUGCGCAAGUGACCAACUUGCUUGCAACUUCAAUUACAUCUACCAUGUCUUCAUUGCCUGCUUAUGAGAACCGGGAUCCUAGCUUCAAUCGCAAAAGAAGUGACAGUGGAUGUCCUUCGCUACCUGGAACAACUCCAGUAAAUGCAUCAUCUUUACUCUCGGCUGCAUUUUCAAGAUCUAAAGAAUGUUCUACCAGUUUAAAUUCUGUGUUGGCAUCUGAUUUUAGUAAUUUGUCAUUAGGGAAUGCUACAGGCGUCUCCAACCGUAACACGAUUGAUGGAGUUAUUGGAGUAGAUACGGAAGCUCCUCCACCUGAAUACACUGAAAUAGGUUUCAAUAAUAUCAAGGACAUCAACAAAAAUGUGGAUUUGCACAUUUCUUCGACCACCUCUGAAUUCAGCACGCCAAGUAUUUUGGCUUUUAGAUCUGAGAGUACCACCAAUGGAACUGACAACAUUGAUCUUACCAGCAAGGAAAGCAAGGAAGCUCAAGAAAAUAAGGGAGACAUGAGUGCAAUCAAAAACUAUGUGGCAGCAACCGAUCGUAAUAGUGUUUAUGAAAAGGAGAAUUUAAGUAAGAAAAACUUAUCUUCUAGUUUUGUUGAUAGUCCUUCGCUGUCUGGCUCGCGUACCAGUCUGAAGUCUGAAAGAGUGGCGUUGUUGAGUGGUGCAGAAUCAAGUGGAUUCAAAGCGAAUGCGAGAAAUAGCACAGUUGAAUCAGAGAUGAGUGCUGGGAAUAGUUUUGAUUUGGGAGAGCGAGAUGAUCUUGAGAGUAUAAUUAAUAUGAACAUGGGACAGAUACCUACUUUAAACCUAACACCUACGCAAAACGGCAUUUAAAUGACAUUACAUUCCAUUUUUGUUCUUUUUAAAAUUACUUAGUUAUAUACAAGCCUACUUUUGUUUAACCCUUGAUUUUACAAAGCACUUUUCUUCCAGCAUACAUGGAAAGAAUAAUUUUGGUUACUGAUGGAUGGGACACCUACCUAGGAAGGAGAUUGGAAUUCUCGAAAUUUUAAAUUUUUUAUGAAAUUAUUUACAGG